AGAAAAGCCCACGCAGGAAUCCGCAUCAACUUUAUACGUAUAUAUACAUGUGUAUGUAUGUACAUAAAUACAUAUGAUCUACCAGGUUCAUUUCAUGGUGUAUGAAGGGAUCAAGGUGUGGAGAGUGCGUGCGUGGCUAACAGUCACAGUAACGACUGUGUGCGAGGUGGUGCGAGGACUGCAAGAGUGCGAGGUGCGAGUGGUGCGACUGAUGGCUGAUGGCAUGGCACUGAUGCGAGGAGGAGAGAGCUGAAAGAGUCUGUCGCGCGUCGAGGAGCGUCAGAAGCGUCGAACAGCGUCGAAUGGAUCCGAUUAGCUGUCCUGCGUUUUCUACGUUACCUGCGUAGAGCCUGCUGUACAGGAGCGUUAUCGGCCAGCGAGAGUGACGGAGGAAAGCAUGAUAGCGGUGGAUCGGCGGAUACGGUCUUGCUGAAAUACCUAAUUCUCGCGCGCUUUAGCGAAGUUGUAAAGAUCGGUGGAGUGUAGACUUGUAGAGUGUGGAGAGAGUCAUAGAGAAGGAUUCCGGAGCGUCGACGUGCCUUCAGAGUCGCACGGCAAUGCGAGCACGCCACGAUUUCUUCGCGAGCAAACCUGAUCGCCUUUCUCGCCUUUCAGCGGUCGACGUCGCGACGUUGCUGAAACCGUAGAUCAAGUAGCGCGUAUCACUUGGCCAUUCUAACCGAGCCUGGAGUGUCGAGUCUGAAAUUCCAGAGAUCUAACUUUUCUCUCUUUCGCGAAAAAGCGAUAACUCCUCUGUGCCUGCAGGAGGUGGUCCUUGAUUGCAUUACUUUUGGUGAAGGUGCGCAAAAUUGAAGCGACAGGAUGAUGAUGGGCGAUCAGUUUCGCAGUAAAGUGGAGCAAUACUCACCCAAGUCCUCGCCAAGGGGAGCACGGUCUCCAGUUGUAUCUCGGCAAGAUUCUACGGGAACGCUAAAGACAACCAUUUCCCUCGGGAAGAACCCUUCCAUUGUCCACAGUGGGCCGUUUUAUCUGAUGAAGGAACCUCCAGGGGAAAGCGAACUCACCGGAGCAACAAAUUUGAUGGCUUAUUACGGCCUAGAACACUCCUAUAGCAAGUUCAGUGGGAAAAAGCUCAAAGAGCAACUGUCGUCUUUUCUGCCAAACUUGCCUGGUAUUAUAGACAGACCUGGACACCAAGAUAAUAGCUCACUGAGGUCGGUAAUUGAGAAACCUCCCAUAGGCGGUAAAGAGCUAUUGCCUUUAACGAGUGUACAGCUUGCUGGUUUUCGAUUGCAUCCUGGCCCACUACCAGAACAAUAUAGAUACAUAAAUCAAGCCCCUCAGAGAAAACACAAAAAUAAGCAUAAGAAGCACAAGCACAAGCCUGGGGAAGUGCUCAGUGGACAGGAGACCGCGACGACGGACGUAGGUGGUUCCGAUACGCAUGAAAAGAAGCAUAAGAAACAGAAAAGACACGACGAGGAAAAGGAGGCUAGGAAGAAACGAAAGAAGGAGAAAAAGAGGAAAAAGCAGAAGCACAGCCCCGAGCAUACCGGCAGCCUCACCCCGUCUCAGCAUUCCACCUCGUGAUCUCUAAUCUGUCCUUUUCAAUUCACGCCAAAUUUUUGAUUUUACACGCAAAAUAUACCACAAGUAUAUAUUUAUUUGCGCUAGGGCUGUAAAUAUAUGGAUAAUAUGAUGUACGGAUUAAUUAUUAUAUACGUUUGCGCAAAUAGACACGUUGGAUUCGAACCUCGUCAACUUGGAUGGAUAUUUUUUAUUGAGAUUUGAAUCGUAUUUGAAUUUGUAUCAACAGUCGAACAAUUCAGGGUGAAUUGAUUAAUCGAAUCUCUAUUAGCAGAUACUCGUAUUAACAUCCGAAUGUCCCGACCAUAUUUACAGUCCUGAAUUACGCGCAAUGUAAGUAUAUGCUUAUUUUUUCGUUAGGACGUUAGAUGAUAUACGACAAGGAAGAGAACUCUACGUGCAAAUCAUGUUCAUGUAUAUAUACGUCGCAUUAUAAAGUAAUGAUAACAAUUUUUUUUCUUCUUUAUUCGAAGGAUUGUGUAUCAGUCUGCUUUUAUUAGAGCCGGUGUAGACUUGUGAAAAGCUUUACACUUAACGAAAUUGUUUGCUCAAUCUUCCUUAUUAUUUCGACGUUAUUAGACGAACGUCACAAUUACAUGCGUUAGAGUGGAAAGGUUCUCCUAGCUAAGCGGAGCUAAGUUUCGUCAAAUCUCGGCGCCAAAAUCGGUAAUGUGAAGUCCGCGUUUUAUUUUUAAAACAACCCUUGCAUAUUCGGAAAUUGCUUGGUGAAAGGGAAGUGUAAAAUAUGACCGCGUGUGACAUAUACAUAUGAUCGUGCGCAGGAUACGGUUGUCCCGAUCGCGCGGUCACUUAUGCAGCAUCGCAUUAUAAUUUGUAAUACGGUUGUAUCGUUACUCAAAACUAGGAUGUAAAUAUACGUAACGAAUUAACGAAAGACUGUGUAAAGAGAGAAUCAUCCGAUCAGCAGUGUCCACUGCUGUUUUCUGUUAAGUGCUCGUUUGCGAAAUUUAUAAGUGUACAUACAAUCUACGUGCUUAAGCCCGAUACGAUGGGUAGCGUAGAGAGAGAGCGAAUAAGGUAUAUAUCGAAGAGAAGAUGCGAAUCUAGAUGUAAUAUUUAUAAGAUUCGAAUCUAGAUGUAAUAUUUAUAACGCGAAAGGAACAGAGAAUUAAAGUGAUCGAUUUCGCAACACAGCAGUUGAACGCUGGAAUCGUCCAAAUUUCUCGACUCAA